AUGAGUUUCCUCUCGAGAAUCCCGAAAUCAACACGUUUUCAUUCUAUAGCUCGUUCUUUCGCUGUGGAAAGUUUUCAAAAGCACAAUAUCAGUGCAAAGCAUACAACCAACACGCAUAUCACUUCAAAAUAUAAGAUUAUCGAUCAUGCCUAUGAUGCCAUUGUUAUUGGCGCUGGUGGUGCGGGUCUUCGUGCUGCUUAUGGUUUAUCAGCAGCUGGUUUUAAAACUGCAGUUAUUAGUAAAUUGUUUCCUACACGCAGUCAUACGGUUGCCGCUCAAGGUGGUAUCAAUGCUGCGUUAGGAAAUAUGGAACCUGAUGAUUGGCGAUGGCAUAUGUAUGAUACAGUCAAAGGUUCUGAUUGGCUUGGUGAUCAAGAUGCAAUACACUAUAUGGCUCAACAAGCNCAAUGA